AUGACAACACUCACUGUGACCACGGAAAUUUCCCCAAGGGGCAAGACAGAGGAGAAGUCUCCCUUGUGUGGGUCCACAUCGGCUCACAUUCUUGAAGAAACAGAGUAUGUGAGAAAGAUUCGAACUACUCUGGAAAAGAUCAGAAAUCAAAUGUUUAAAGAUGACGGAGGUCCCAACUCUAUGAAGAACAAACUAGAUGCACAGCACCGUGAAAACAUUCCGAACGGCUCGGGGACUGAGGUGGACUCCUCUUGUUGCAGUUUGGAUCAGCUCAUGGAAAAGAUCAGAGGAAAAGAUCUACAGCUCUUGGAAAUGAACAAAGAGAAUGAAGUACUAAAAAUCAAGCUGGAUGCCUCCAGAGAAGCCGGUGCAGCAGCUCUGAGAAACGUGGCACAGAGAUUAUUUGACAACUAUCAACGACGGUCUGAAGAUGCUAGGAAGACCCAUGAGGAUAAUAAGCAUUCACUCCAGGUUAACAAGCUUGAAAAAGAACAGAAAUUGAAACAACAUGUUGAAAAUUUGGAUCAAAUGGCUGAAAAGCUGGAGGAAAAACAUAACCGGAUCUUGGAAUUGGAAAACCUGGUGCAGCAAAUGGAGAAGGAAAAGAGAACACUGCUAGAAAGAAAAGUGUCUUUGGAAAACAAGCUGCUGCAACUCAAACCCAACAACACAUAUGCCAAAAGUUGCCAGGAUCUUCAGAAGGAGAUUUCCACUCUCCAGGAGCAGAUCUCUCAUCUGCAGUUUGUGAUUCACGCCCAGCAUCAGAACCUGCGUGGCAUCAUCCAGGAGAUGGAAGGUUUGAAACAUAAUGUGAAAGAACAAGAUAAAAGGAUUGAAAGUCUGAAGGAAAAAGUUAACAUACUUGAAGCCCAGAAUAAAGAACUGAAAACCAAGGUGGCAGUCUGCUCUGACCUUCGUAGGACGAAAGCAUCUAAGGCCGUCUCUACAAGAAACAUCAUUGUAAAGGAUAUCAAGGUAGCCUUCUCAUUUGGAGCAUUAAGUAUGACCAACUGGGAUACAGUAUGGUGGGCUUACUCCAGACUCCACUAUGUCGAAUGGAAUUAUAAUACUAGUGAAGGAUCAGAACACAAUAGCCAUUAA